UGUUGCCUUGGAAACCACCCUAGGCGGGCGCCCGGCAAGCCUCUGGACCAAGUGCAGUACUCGCCGCGCUCAGGCCAGCUUCCCGUCGCUUGCGGUCUGCGUGCGUUGCGGUCUGCGUGCGGGCUGGGCCACCUGCCUCUGAACUCACCCCGUGGUUGCCCCUGCAAGUUAUGGCUGUCGCCUCUUCCUGCAGCGUCAGGCUCCACUUCGCCUCAAAGAUGAUAUAAGUCCUGUGUGCAAUGCGGUUGGAUGGAAACAACCCUCUCGCUGCUGGUCAGAUGUGCACUUCCUGUACUUCUUCAAGGACAUGUGCUAAGGGCAUGAUGAAAUGGACACACUUCUUACCUUCCUAGAGCAAGUAGACUAACAGGGAAGAUAGUUGCUUUCCUCCAGUUUACCCUGAAUUAUAUGUGAAAAUGAAAUACAUUGCCAAGAAAUGCGGAGUUAGGUUCCAGCCCCCAGCUAUCAUCUUAAUUUAUGACAAUGAAACGGAGGGAAAGAGUCGCCAGCGUAUCAUGCCGGUCCGAAACUUCUCGAAGUUCUCAGAUUGCACCAGAGCUGCUGAACAGUUAAAGAAUAACCCACGGCACAAGAGUUACCUAGAACAGGUGUCCCUGAAGCAGCUGGAGAAGCUGUUCAUUUUUUUACGAGGCUACUUGCAGGGGCAGAGCUUGGCAGAAACAAUGGAACAAAUUCAACGGGAAACAACCAUUGACCCCGAGGAAGACCUGAACAAACUAGAUGACAAGGAGCUUGCCAAAAGGAAGAGCAUCAUGGAUGAACUCUUUGAGAAAAAUCAGAAGAGAAAGGAUGACCCCAGUUUUGUGUAUGAUGUCGAAGUUGAGUUCCCUCAGGAUGAACAGCUGUUGUCCUGCAGCUGGGACACCGAGUCAGCUGAUGAGUUCUGAGACCUGCUGCUCCAUGUCUGUCUCCACAAAGAACAAGGACUGGCCCUAGAAAAUCUGUAAACACGAAGUGCAUAUAAAAGCAAGACACUCACGUGUGCCGUGUAAGCCUAUGAGAAACAACAACAAACAGUAUAGAAAUGCCCUUUAAGUGGGCAUUCUAAAAGGAAGGUAGCUCAAAAACUUGUAAAAAGAUAUUUGAAUACUAUUACUCAGGAACAAGAUUAGAAUCAGGUUUUCCGUGAAGGCUGACAUAGCAAGGAAGGCUUUCCCUCAGCAGAAAGGGGCCUGUGCGUGGCCCUGGAAUGCUACAAGUGUUUUUGUAGAAAUCUAGAUGAAGCAAAGGGGGAAGGGGGGUGUAGUAAAGAGACAGGACAUAGAAAAAUUUGAGAAAGUGAAUAAUUACAGUUUGGCAAGAUUGAAAUUAACCUGUGUUCAUUAUGUCUCUGUGUAUUUAACUCUGGGGUAGACAGAACACCUGCAAAAUGCCGCACAGUUAUAAGUGCAUGCAGCAUGACAGACAAAGCAAUUCUGUCCAUCCAUGAUCAGGAAAUGUCUACUAAAGUUACCGUGAAACGCAGAACCGCUUCCUGUGAGAGGCUGGUUUAUAACCGUGGGAAGUUACCCACAAUGAGUAAGCACUAGGCUGCCUGUCCAGACCUGCAUAGUUGAGAUGUACAGUGAUCUCCAUUUAACAAGGCCACCAUAUGCAGAUGUGUUUGUUCUUACUAGAAUAUUAUCUGAUGGAUAGAAAUCAUAUGUUUUCUACAAGAAAACGAUUAGUCAUUGAAUAAAGCUGUAACUGUGAGUGUUAAGUCUUACCAUUUUUCUUUUCCUUCCUUUUUUCUUUCCUUCAAUCUGGUGUUUUGUUUGCCAGGGCUUGGGGUGUUUCUGAUUUGUGUAAGUUAGCAGACAAAGCAGCGUGCUUUAUUAUGGCAUCAAUUUCCUCUGUUCCCCACCCCCUCCCCUGUGUCCCCCUUGUCUUCUAGCUGAUCCCCUUCUUCCUGAGCCAUCUCCUUCUGCUUUCAUGUCCCAUGUGUUCCAUUACCUUCUGCACCCAUUAAAGUUCCUUCCUCCCUUCGAAUGGUGCCCUUUCUAGUCUACACCCCCCCCAACACAUCCAUACCCAUAUAAAAACUUAGAUUUUGGUCAGGUAGUGGUGGUUGUGCAUGUCUUUAGUCCCAGCACUCAGGAGGCAGAGGCAGGUGGAUCUCUGUGACUUCGAGGCCAACCUAGUCUACAGAGUGAGUUUCAGGUCAGCCAGGGCCACACAGAGAAACCUUGUCUGGACAAACAACAAGAAAACCCCUAGAUCUUUGUAUAGGAGAGAAAAUGCAGUGUUUGUCUUUCUGAACUUGAUUUAUUUUAUAUAACAUAAUGAUUUCCCUUUCUCUACAUUUCCUGUUAAUAUCAUGAUUUCAUUUCUUUAAGGCUAAAUAAAAUUGCAUUGUAUGUAUGUAUACAUUUCCUUUACCAACUUCUGUAUUGAUGGAUAUCUAGGCUGUUUCCAUGUCCAACCGUUGUGAAUACAGCCGCUGUAAACAUGAA